AUGGGGUCCACGGAUUUUGGCAAAUUCGAGUCCUUUUGCAGAGACUCGACUCUACCGGUUUGCAAUCUUCUAUCCACGCCGAACCACGACCAGCAAGGACCAUGGGGUGGCUGCCAGUUGAAGGGCAUCCCGCUCAGCGGUGACCGCCACUUGGGGAACCUGGGCUCGAUCAUCGUCUGCGGCAUGGCCAUCGCUGCCUCAGUCUUUCUGUUGCUAAAGUCGGAGAAGAAGCGCGCUGCGGUUGGUCGAAGGGAAAUGCAACUCUUCCUCGUCGGUUACAUCAUCAUAAGCAUAUGCGAAAUCUUCUCUGUUGGUGUCUUUCCCAUCAGCAAGACUGUUCGAAUUGCCUUUUCCGCCAUUCAUAUUGGCAUGAUCAUUGCGACGACUUGGAUCCUGAUGCUCAAUGCCAUCGUUGGCUAUCAAUUGAUUGAUGAUGGCACUCUUCUAUCCAUGGGCCUCAUCGGCGGCUCCGCACUGGCCCUGCUUAUCGGUACGGGUUACAUUGCUCUCGACACGGGCUUUUCGUGGACCGGAUUCUGGGACAGCAGCUACCAGCUCCCCAACCGGAAUAUAGCUCUCUACGUCUUGUAUCAGCUGAUCCCCCUCAUCUUCCUGGUCGCCUUCUUCGUCCUCGAAACCAUCCUGGUCCUCCGCGUGCUUGGCGAGGUACGCCCGAUGAUCUACCUCGGCGCCGCGGCCCUCCUGUUCGCCCUCGGACAGAUCUUCAACUACGUCGUCAGCAAGUACAUUUGCGAGGGAACCAGCGGCAAGAUCGACGGCGCCUUGUUUGAGACGCUGUUCACGCUCCUGUCGGUCCUGGCGGUGUGGCUUUUCUGGUCCAGCAUCACCGAGGACGACUGGCCCAUGCAGGGCGGCGGCACAUACCCAUAA